AUGUUCAACGGAAAUAUCUACACCUUCUUUUCUAUCUUCCUAUUUAUUUCGAUGCUCUUCUCGUCUGAUAUGGGAUUUGCAGCCCCGAUAGCCGAUUUAGAGCCCAGAGCCGUUACAACUCGAGCAUGUGUUCGGGUUGUGAUCAAAACUAGGAUUCGAAUUGUGGCCAAUGGGACAACCUCGACAUCGACGGCCUCGCGAACUUCUACUCGAUGUGUUACGAAGACUGCUGGUGUCGAAGCCCGUCAUUUCGCCACCGACAUCCCAACAAUCGAGGUUACUGACGACGCUUAA